UUUCAAUCCCUUUUCACAUUCUCUCUCUCUCUCUCUCUCUCUCUCUCUCUCUGUGUGUGUUUCUUCUUCACUUCGCCGCAUUUUCUACUUGCUUGUGUACCCAAUCUCAAACCAAAAACAUGGUGGGGAAGGAUCAAUCACCAAAGGAAAGGAAUAGAGAUUGGAUUAGAGCUCUUAUGAAUAGUAGCUCUGGCUAUUGUGAUGAUCAUCGUGAUCUUCGAUCUAAUGAGAAGAAUACUUUCUGUGUAGAUUGUGCUGUUAGAUUCUGUAGGCACUGUAAGGAAGCUCAUUCCAUUCAUAGAAGGUUUCAGAUUUACCGAUAUUCCUAUCAGGAUGUUUUCCGCCAUUCGGAGCUACAGAAGCACUUUGACUGCUCAAAUAUUCAGACUUACAUAUCCAAUAAAGAUAGGAUUGUGCAUCUCAAACCUCGGCCUCCAAUCUAUAAGUCUAAAUCUGGUGAUCAAUGCCCUGAAUCAAAAUCCAAAGAAAGCAACUUAUCAGCAAGAUUUAAGUCAGGAGGUAGUACAUGCGAAGAAUGUGGGAAACACUUACAAGAUGAGCAUAGUCGCUGGUGCUCAAUUAUAUGCAAGAUAGGGGAGCCUCAAAGCCAAGGUCCAAAUCAUCAUACAGAAAGGAGUUUAGUUGACUCUUUCAACCAAAGUGGUAGAUGCAUCAUCACUCCAAAAACUGAAGCUAUUGACUUUACUAUGAGUGAUAACCUUAAUUCGGAACCAGAGUCAUCUAUUUCUGAAGCUGAGCCAUGUGGGCGGGUUGAAGUUGUGAAUUUCAGAAAGCGCCCAAGAAAAACUACUCCUGAGAGGCCUGUCUUUGUUUUCGUUUCUUAGCAUAUGUUUGGAAAAUGCACUUCAAUUUUCACAGCAUCACUGUGCGGCAAUUUGAAGCUAGGACAGACUGCUUCUUGCUAUCCACCAUGAUUUUCCUACUCACAACGAGCUACCAAACAUCCUAUUAGAAGUUAUCACAAAUACUACUCUACUGUUUCCUUUAUUUCUUUUCCUUUGAUUUUUUUGCUUCCAUUUUAGGAUAAUGAGACAAGGUAUCUUGAACAAUUAGUAACUAGCUGAGCUUGUACAGCCUAAGACUUUGAUACUAAUAGUAAUAUAGUAUUGCCUAUUGACACACUCUUUUCAUUCAAUUUCAUAACCAUCGUUUGGAA